AUGUCUGGUCCCACCAUUUCCACCAACACCACUAUAUCGAUGCUAGGAAUUUUCAUCAAUUAUACUCUUCCAUGGGAAAAUUAUGUUCGAUUCAUCGCGAAAGCUGCUUCACAAAAACUCGGAUGUUUAUUCUGUGCGAAAAUCUACUUUACACCUGAACAGCUUCUCAUGAUCUACAAAGCCCUUUUACAGCCUGUCUGGUUCAGCAAUAGACGUGCGAAGUGGAGGCGAGAAGAAAAGUUGAGAAAUCAACGGCGAUCUGUAGAUCACGUGGGUGCAAUUAGUCCUCCUGCUUCAGCACCCAGAUUGCCUAUCAAUUCUGGUUUCAACUCCAUGUACUCAAUACCGCAGCCUAUAGCUACUAUGGCUGAUACUUACAGGUUCAAUUCUGACAAUGGUGACACACUGCCUAAAACAGGAAAAUUUGACGAACCCACUGAUACUCCAAUCAGACGUAUAGAAAUCAUUGAUGAGCCAAACAUCGAUGGUAUAUGGAUCACUGGAUUGAUGUCUCCUCUGGAGGCAUACCCGAACUCAUACUUGGGGCAGCAAAACCAAUGUGAAGGAGAUGUGUCACCAAAGUGCGGCAUCUUUGGAAGUCAGCUGGAAGGCAGCAAUCGAUUGUGGAAUGUCAAGCCAAAUGCACUAUUUUUAUUCAAUGCGGUGCCUGGUUUGCAUCAGGCGAUGUCAUUGAAAUCGUCAGUACCUGUCUUUGUUACUCAGCUUGGUAUUUUAGCUUCAAUGCAAAAUGGUCUUACAUCGAGCUGUCUACAGCAGCGGGAAGCAACAGGCUACCCCUACAUGUUUCAUGAUCCGUUACAUUCCCUGAGUUCUUCGUAUAACUCUAGAGGAUGCAAUCCAGCAGUUGCUCAUGCCCAACCUACCACGCAUCCAGCAUAUGGACCAUCUGCUCCUUCUUCAGUACCUGUUUCUACUGGCACCGGCGUGAUAUCAGCUGGCGUAUCGGUGCCGGUCCAGAUCCCCAGUCAGUCCACCGCCGAGCUGGCGUCCAGCUACUGGCCUCGCCUCCAGUGAUCGCAGCUCUUCGGGUUCCCGCCGCCGAGCCUGCUCGUGCCGCAGGACACCCCGACGCUGCACGCGACCCUAGCGCCUCCUGGCGGCGGCGCGGAGGAUGCGUCCUAAUCGCGACGAGGACCGGAGCGGGAAACCUGCUAAGACGUAGUGCAGGUAACUGUCGCGGCACAGGUAGCCGGUUAUCGAAGAACCUUGAUCGAAGAUCGGGAUGGACAGUGCGCGACAGUGUUGCCACAGCAGGCCAGAAAAUAGUAGAUUUCAGAUUAAAUGUGGAGUAGAUUCUGAGUUCAGACCAUUUUC